UAAAAGGGGAAAAAGAAGAAAGAAGGGAAAACACUCGAAAAGGUAUAACCGUACAAAACGCGCUACUGCCCGAACUGGGACAAGCAGCACAUCCCUUUCCCAGACCAGAUCCCUCCUGGAGCGAGCCGGUGGCGGUUACGCAGGGGCGAUGCCACCGAGAGCCUGCAGUUCGAAUUAGCCCAUGCUGACCCCGCUGCGCUGGCCCGGGCCCAGCACGCUGCAAAGACACUGUUGGUCUCGCUGCUUGGGGGAGAGCACGGAGCGGCCGAGGAUGCCUGCGGAGGGACCGAGGACUCCUGUCUCGACAUAAGUGGUGGCUGAGGGAGAGACAUGUUGGGACAGCGCCGUUUCAGCUGGCACAAUAUUCCCUGCACUGAGACAAGCAUCGCUAACCAUGGCAAUAGCUUGGAGGCUUCUCACGUGGACUGUCGUCUUCACUGCAGCUGUCUGCGACUUUCCCGGUUACACGUUCCAGUCACAAGAGGAGUUCCUCUCCAGCCUCGAUCACUAUGAAAUUGCGUUCCCCAUCCAAGUGGACCAAAACGGGGACUUCCUUACCUUUGACGUGAGAAGCCAGCUGAAGCAACGUCCUCGGCGCAGUCUGGGCUCCUUGCCCUACGAGCCAUCUGAGCAGCAGGUUUUCUACAAAGUCUCUGCCCACCGAACCCAGUUCCUCCUCAACCUGACACUGCACUCCAACCUACUGGCUGAGCACUUCACUGUUGAAUACUGGAAGCGAGAUGGCGUGGACUGGCAACAUGAUUUCCAUGAAGACUGCCACUACGCGGGCCACUUGCAGGACCAGUACCUGAACUCAAAGGUCGCCAUCAGCAACUGCAAUGGACUGCACGGGGUGAUCGUCGCAGACGAGGAGGAAUAUUUCAUUGAACCACUGAGCCCAGGAGCCAACGUCAGCGCAGGGAGCGAGGGCAAGGGCAGCCCCCACGUCGUGUACAAGCGAUCAUCUCUCCAGUACCCACACAUGGACGCAGCCUGCGGUGUGCUAGAUGAGAAGCCCUGGAAAGGGAGACACUGGUGGCUGCGGACGCUGAAGCCCUCCCCUCUAAAGCCGUCGGGCAACCACAGCCAGCGGGGCCAGCUGCCCCUGAAGAGAUCCGUCAGCACAGAGCGCUAUGUGGAGACCCUGGUGGUGGCUGACAAAAUGAUGGUGGGCUACCACGGGCGACGGGACAUAGAGCAGUACAUCCUGGCCAUCAUGAAUAUUGUUGCCAAACUUUUCCAGGACUCGAGUCUGGGCAAUAUUGUCAAUAUCCUGGUCACCCGGCUGAUUCUCCUCACUGAGGAUCAGCCCACACUGGAGAUUAACCACCACGCCGGAAAAUCCCUGGACAGCUUCUGCAAGUGGCAGAAAUCCAUUGUGAACAGGAACGGCAACGGGAACGCCAUCCCCGAGAACGGCAUAGCCAACCACGACACUGCGGUGCUGAUCACCAGAUACGACAUUUGCAUCUACAAGAACAAACCGUGCGGCACCCUGGGCCUGGCCCCUGUCGGUGGGAUGUGCGAACGAGAACGAAGCUGCAGCAUCAACGAGGACAUUGGCCUGGCCACAGCCUUCACCAUUGCCCACGAGAUCGGCCACACGUUUGGCAUGAAUCACGAUGGGGUCGGCAACAGCUGUGGCUCCCGUGGGCAAGAAACAGCCAAGCUCAUGGCUGCUCACAUCACCAUGAAGACCAACCCGUUUGUAUGGUCCACGUGCAGUCGGGAUUACAUCACCAGCUUCCUGGACUCCGGGAUGGGAUUAUGCCUGAACAACGCUCCUCCCAAGCAAGACUUUAUCUACCCAACAGUGGCUCCAGGACAGGCCUACGAUGCAGAUGAGCAGUGCCGUUUCCAGUACGGAGUUAAAUCUCGCCAGUGUAAAUACGGGGAAGUCUGCAGUGAGUUAUGGUGUCUGAGUAAAAGCAACCGCUGCAUAACCAACAGCAUCCCUGCUGCUGAGGGGACCAUAUGCCAAACCAACACCAUUGAAAAGGGGUGGUGCUACAAGAGGGAGUGCGUGCCUUUUGGGACCCGACCAGAAGGCGUGGACGGCGCCUGGGGAGCCUGGUCGUCCUGGGGAGAGUGCAGCAGGACGUGCGGCGGAGGCGUAUCGUCAUCCAUUCGCCACUGCGACAGCCCGCGGCCCACAAUUGGAGGGAAGUACUGCCUGGGAGAGCGGAAGCGGUACCGGUCCUGCAACACCGAUGACUGCCCACCGGGCUCCCAGGACUUCCGAGAGCUGCAGUGCGCUGAAUUCGAUAACGUCCCCUUCCGAGGGAAGUACUACACCUGGAAGACAUACCGCGGAGGGGGGGUGAAAGCCUGUUCCCUCAACUGCCUGGCCGAGGGUUUCAACUUCUACACAGAACGAGCCGCAGCCGUGGUGGACGGGACACCAUGCCGGCAGGACUCCAACGACAUCUGCGUCAACGGGGAGUGCAAGCACGUGGGCUGCGACCGUGUCCUGGGCUCAGACUCAAAGGAAGACAAGUGUCGCGUGUGUGGGGGAGACGGCAGCUCCUGUGAGACCGUUGAGGGCGUCUUCAACCAGUCCCUGCCGGAGGGAGGUUACGAGGAGGUGAUCCAGAUUCCCAAGGGCUCCGUCCACAUUGACAUCCGGGAGCUGAACCUCUCCAUCAACUACCUAGCGCUGAGAGGGGAGAGUGGCGAGUAUUACAUCAACGGGAAGCUCUCCAUCGACCCCCCGCGGCGCUUUGACAUCGCGGGCACAACGUUCCACUACAGGAGAUCACCAGAGGAGCCUGAGUCCCUCGAGGCCUUGGGACCCACCAACGUCACCCUCUUCGUCAUGGUCCUUGUGCGGACAGAGCUGCAGGGGAUCCGGUACAAGUUCAACGCACCCAUCGGCAGGGAUGCCUCCAACCAGUACUCCUGGCAUUACACCCCAUGGACCAAAUGUUCAGCGCUGUGUGCAGGGGGCAGCCAGAUCCAGUCUGUGGUAUGCAAGAAACUUUCUGAUGGCUCAACUGUCUUCAACCAUUUCUGUAGCCCUGAAACCAAAAUGCCAGAGCGACAGAGGCCGUGCAAUACCGAACCGUGCCCCCCAGCCUGGGUGAUUGGGAACUGGUCUGAAUGCAGCCGAAGUUGCAACGAAGGCGUCCGCACACGCAGCGUCUUCUGCAAGCGUAAGAUCUCUGCCAGCGAGGAGAAGACCUUGGAUGACGCUUCUUGCACCCACCCACGCCCAAAGAUGCUCGAGCCUUGCAAUAAUCAGACGUGCCCUCCAGAGUGGGUCGCCCUGGACUGGUCUGAGUGUACCCCAAGCUGCGGGCCAGGUUUCCGCCACCGCAUCGUCCUCUGCAAGAGUGGUGACCACAGUGCAACACUCCCCACCUCCCAGUGCUACGAAGGCUCCAAGCCCCCAACCAGCAUGAGGUGCAACCUCCGGCGCUGCCCACCACCACGCUGGGUGACUGGCGAGUGGGGAGAGUGCUCUGCGCAGUGUGGCCUUGGCCAGCAAAGAAGAUCCGUCCAGUGCCUGGCUCACACCGGGCAACCGUCCAGCGACUGCGUGGAGAACCUGCAGCCACCCAGCAUGCAGCAGUGCGAGACCAAGUGUGAAUCGGGACCUACAGACAACCCCGAAGAGUGCAAGGAUGUGAACAAGGUGGCCUACUGCCCGCUCGUCCUCAAGUUCAAGUUCUGCAGCCGGACCUACUUCCGACAGAUGUGCUGUAAAACAUGCCAGGGGCACUAGGGACACAGCGUGACCCCCGUGGGAAAACUGGAAGGCAAAAGCUGCGCCGCAGGGCUGCCAAACCGUGCCCUUCCUCUCUGCCCCGAGAAUCUGCCCCGGGUCCGACACAGACACCGGUC